UUCCCCCCUAAAACGAGGAAAAUUGGCAUCUACCUCACACUUUUUGCAUUCCUCUGGAUCAGGUUUGCAGGAUAACAGGCUGAAUUGAAUGGACGGAUGUCUUUUUUUUUCAGCCUUACAAACUAUAUAUGUUAUUAUAUAUACAGGGCAUCUUGGGAAGUAUGAACCUGUCCAAACCCAACCACAAUGGCAAAGCACGCCCGCACCGCCCCACCAGAACCAGCUCUAUAACCCCACGGCAUUGGUGCCCCCAGGACUGGAGCGUCUAGUAGAGGUAGAAGAAGUUAUCCUCCAGAAAAAAGCUUUCUUCACCAGAUCUGAGCAGACUCUUUUCACCAUACGUCGGGAGUCAGAGUGCUGUGGACCAUCCUUCAAUAUAAGGUUCCAGGAUCCUUACAAGAGGGACGUGGUGUCACUAUAUGCGGAAUCAGGGGGAGGUUGCUGUGGAGGAGAAACUCACCUGAAGAUCACCGUUUUUCCUGCGUACACUAUAGGUUUCGUCAACAUUUCAAACUCUUCUCAUAAAAUCAGUGUCUCCAUCCAGAUGAAGUUCGGAGAGCCUGCUUUCACUGCUGAGCUGCCCUUAUCCCACUCUGAGAACAUUAUAGAGAUACUCAGUGUAAAUGGAUCUUGUCCUGUGGCCACAAUAACCACAGAGGGAGAAAAGAAAUCUUCUAAAGUCGUCUUCCGGUUUCCCAUGAACAUGGAGGCUACAUUGAAAACUCUUAUCUUGGCUGCAUUCCUGUACAUGAGAUAUGAAGUAACAAGACUUUCCAGCAGCAGCGACUCAAGUUGUGACAGUGGGUGGGAUACUGCGGGUGGAGUGCACUUCUAUCACGAUGACCACCACAGUUGGGGUCAUGGAGGUUUCAAUGGAGAUUGUGGCGGUGGAGACUUUGGUGGAGGGGACUGUGGUGGUGGUGGAGGGGACUGUGGAGGUGGAGGAGGAGACUGUGGAGGUGGAGGAGGGGACUGUGGAGGAGGCUGUGAUUAAUUGAGGUUCUUUUUAUUUAUUACACUUAAAGUUCUACAGCCAGAGUGCAGAUUAUUUUUGACAACCUUUGAGAAAAGCCUUUUUAGAACUGUCCCUUCCACUCGUAUUUGUACUAAAACCUCCAUUGUCUAUUCAGUAAAGAGGAUCAAUAUUUACGGUAACCAAAAGGGCCUCGUCAUCUGUCUGGAUCAUCCACCAGCCCUCUCUCCUGUUCUCCUGCCUUGCACCUGGCUACUAAUCCACCUUACGUCAAGGGCAAUCCAAGCACCACCAGACAGGAGCCUCCACGGGCCCAGGGUGUGCCCUGAGGGGAUGAAUAGUUGUGCUCCUCUACCCACUGCACAUGUAGAUCAUUGGAGAGAGAGAGAUUAGCCACUGUGAGGACUACCACCACCUUUGUUGCUGCAACCAUCACUCCCAUCAUCCUCUCCAGCUCGCCCAGCAUUCACACCUCUCUCUGAAGCCCACAGACAUAAUUACAAACACAUAAAAACACAUGCAGUAAUUUCUAGUUACCAAGUUAAGCACUGUGAUCUUUUGUUAUAGCUUUACUUUUCUGUAUUGUGUGUGAAUCUUAAUGGUAAGGUAUUGGCAACCAAGAGAUUAAUGAUGGCAGAAGGUAGGUUGCCAGGGAGAUGGAAUUGGGUCGUCCCCUGGUUACAGAGUUCUUUACUCAGAGUACUUCUGAGAGAAGCAGAACAGACAUCUUGCGAGGUUACAGACUGCUAAAGGAUGACAAUUUUGCUACUGUGGAAAGCAUAGAUUGCUCAAGCACCUACCAAACUGGGAUAUAGAGUGGCCAAUCACAUCUUAAUAUGCACCCCACAGUUGGGGAACUGCAGACAAAGGAUGACCAAGAAUGGUGUAGCAUGCCUAUGAUUGCUAGGAGAGAAUGUGAAGAGAGAGACUAGGAGAAGAGAUGAGCAAAUCAAUUUUUCCAAUUCAGAGUUCUUCCCAAAUUUCUUGUGAUUUUGUUUUGGGCAAAUGAGAGACAGACCUUCACAUAAUACUCCACUGGAAACUUCAUAUUCAAGUCAGUUAUUCCUCUAAAGGAAGAGAAAUUUGACAAUCUCGAGAGAAAAUUGACCUGGUUAGCUGAGUGGCUUUUGCUGGGCUUUUAGGGUGCUCUUUCCCAUUGUGGAGACCACCGAGUAUGCAUAUGGAGUAGUGAAGGCUUAGUAUUUAUUUUUUUAUUUUUUUAAAGAAAAACUAAUUUGAUUUUCCUUCCCAGUAACCCAGUGGUAUGCAGAUUAGCUCUCCUUUAUGAAAAAGCACUGAUUAAAUAGUUGAAGGCAGAAAGAACAGUUUGAGGCUACUGCUAGAGGACAUCUUAUUAUGAAAAAGCAGUGUUUGAACAGUUUGAGACUACCACUAGAUCAGUGAUUUCUCUCUUUCUCUCUCCUUCUCUCCCUUUAAUAGUUCUUUUGAUUUGUGUAGAACUGAUUCGUACUGGGAGUCUUACUUCUGCCACCAUUAUUACACAGCCAUUGGUAACUUUUGUAACCUACUUCUGGACUGUAUUGUUGCUGACACCUGUACUGCUACCUCCAUCAUCAACUGAGUAAAGAGACUUUAUUUA